AUGUACAUGAUACAGUGGAAUAAUUGGACCAGGAACUCUGAUUUCAUCCUGUUAGGAUUAUUUGAUCACAGCCCUCUUCAUACUUUUUUCUUUUCCUUAAUCCUGGGUAUCUUCUUCAUGGCCUUCAUAGGAAAUUCUAUCAUGGUGAUUCUCAUCUACCUGGAUGCCCAUCUUCAUACCCCCAUGUACAUCCUUCUCAGCCAACUUUCUCUCAUGGAUCUCAUGCUCAUCUGUACUACAGUACCCCAAAUGGCAUUCAACUUCCUCUCUGGCAACAAGUCCAUCUCCAUGGUUGGCUGUGGAAUCCAGAUAUUCUUCUAUGUAUCUCUACUUGGAGCUGAGUGUUUUUUGUUGGCUGCAAUGGCCUAUGACCGUUAUGUAGCUAUUUGCUACCCAUUACAGUACCCUAUUCUCAUGAGUCACAAAAUAUGUGGCCUCAUGGCUGCCUCCUCUUGGAUUCUUGGCUCUCUUGAUGGUAUAAUAGUAGUUGCAGCUGCGUUGUCUUUCUCAUAUUGUGGUACCAGAGAAAUACCUCAUUUUUUCUGUGACAUUGCUGCUUUGCUCACAAUUUCAUGUAGUAAUACCUUGAUAUUUGAAAAGAUUAUGUUUUUCUGCUGUGUAAUUAUGCUUACUUUACCUGUAGCAAUCAUUAUUGCUUCCUAUACUCGUCUACUCCUCACUGUUAAACACAAGUCAUUUUCUAGGAUGGAGCAAAUGUUAGGACACAAACAAGUUCUAUCAGGUUUGCCUGAAAAACCUGCUUAG